AUGUAGUUAUCGGCGACUUGGCGCAAUCGCGUAGUGUUUUUUUUCAGUGCCGAAAACAAUAUCAAAAUUUUCAUAACAAUGUUGAGAUUUUAAAGACUGCUACAAAAUUGUGAAGCACAUGUACCCAGCUGAACAUAACCGAACGUGAGAACCGAUCGCCAGAAGAAGCCGCACAACGUUGCAUAAAUAGCGCAGCUCCCCCGUCAAAAUUAAAGAGGCUCUCUUUGGGACUCUGAGCGAACUUUGGAUGCGCCGCGAUGGGCUUGCUGGUGCAAGUGUUCAAGUGGGAUCAGCGAUGGUGUCUGCUGCACAGGGUGGAUAUCCUGCUGCGACGGGGCAUUAAGAAGCAGGCGGUAUACCCGACCAAACUCGCUGAAGUGGGUCGACUGGUGGAGGCCCGCGACGACCGGUACGAGACCGGCCAACUUUUUUUACACCGCAUCUUUGGCUACCGCGGCGUCAUUCUUUUUCCAUGGACAGCCCGUGUUUAUGACCGGGAUCUUCACAAUCCCGGCAAGAUCAGCGCCACCACGACGACAACGACAGGCAGUCCGAACCAACAGCACCGCACCAAAGAGUCUUCUCUCCGGGUGAAGGCCAAUAACUCCGUUCCGCCGCCGGUGACAACCGCGCAGGGCGGUGAUGCUCCUACCUCAGCCGCCUACCAGGCAGACGCUCCCGGUGAGGCCGAAAGCUCCACCAAUGUAGGCACCGCCACGCAAGUGGAUCCUAAGGAGGUUAAGGGCAAGGUGCAAACCUUUUACCAGGUGCUCAUUGACACCCGCGACUGCCCGCAUAUUCGCGCCCAGACCGAGGCGGUCACUUUCCUGGGCAACCAGGACUCCAAUCGCAGCUUGUACGCCAUCCCCGGGCUGGACUAUGUGGCCCACGAGGACAUUAUGCCCUACAGCUCUAGUGAGAAGAGUCCGUUGCAGCACGAGUUGUUCGACAAGUUCCUCACGCACGCACCGGAGGCGGAUCCGCCCUUCGUGGGGCAGGACACGCUGAAAGCGUGGCAGGAGAAAAACCAUCCCUGGUUAGAUAUGAGCGAUGUGCACAAGGAGACCACGGAGAACGUGCGUAUUACAGUGAUCCCCUUCUAUAUGGGUUGCCGUGAGACACCUGCUAGUUCGGUGUAUUGGUGGCGUUACUGCAUCCGACUAGAAAACCUUGGAGAGCUAAGCGUGCAGCUGCGAGAGCGUCAUUGGCGAAUUUUUUCGCUGUCUGGAACCUUAGAGACGGUCCGUGGAAGGGGAGUGGUGGGCCAGGAGCCCAUCCUCAGCCCUCGCUUGCCUGCUUUCCAGUACAGCAGCCAUGUGAGCCUGCAGGCUCCCAGCGGUCAUAUGUGGGGCACCUUCCGCCUUGAGCGCGAGGAUGGUUAUUCAUUCGAUUGCAAGAUUCCGCCUUUUUCGCUGGAAAGCAAGCCGGACGACCUGGGUCCGCCCACAACAGCUACGCCUAGCACCCACGAUAAAAAGCGAGACGAUAGCGACUAAGUGGCAGUUGUUAAGCCGUAGUUAAAUGAUUUUAAAACGCAAACUUCUCUGACAAUGCAUGCGUACAUGUGUUUAGUGCAAAUUACAAUAAUCAACUAGGA